AAGCAAUCCAAACAAAAAACGACCGUAUCUCUUGUGCUAUAAACGUGGAAAUCAAUUCACUAUACUCGUUUGAAGAAUUCAAUUGAAAAUAAGGAUAAAUUGCGCACCAUCACGUGCGUUGUGCUCACACUAAAAAAAUUGCCAAUUACAGGCGCUUGAGAGACGUGGUCAUUACUGUCUGAAUAUCUUCAUGACUAGACCGCUGCCAUAUUCGCGUCACUAAUAAUUUUGCAGUCGCUUUUACAAUACAGUUCUGACUUCAUAGACCUAGUUCUAGAUCGUCCAGAUAUAAUGAUUAUCAUUAUAUGGACAUUAGCUAUAGGUUUGGCUUUCUUACUGUACCUGAAGCAGAUAUAUUGCUACUUCAGCAAGCAUGAAAUCAAGAGCAUAACCCCGCUUCCGAUACUGGGCAACAUGGGCAAGAUUGUCUUCAAGAUUAACCAUUUUGUUGAUGAUAUUUCGCAAUUGUACAACAAAUUUCCAGAAGAGAGAUUCGUUGGUAGAUAUGAGUUUGUAAAUCCGGUGAUCUACAUCAGAGAUAUUGAGAUCGUUAAGAGAAUCACAAUUAAAGAUUUUGAACAUUUCCUGGAUCAUCGCACGAUCGUCAAUGAGGAAACCGAUCCCAUUUUCGGAAGGAAUCUGUUUUCUUUGAAAGGCCAGGAAUGGAAAGAUAUGCGAUCCACUUUAUCGCCAGCCUUCACCAGCUCCAAGAUGAAGCUUAUGAUGCCCUUAAUAGUCGAAGUUGGAGAGCAGAUGAUCAACGCGUUAAAAAAGAACAUUAAAAACUCUGGUGUCGGAUAUGUGGACAUAGACACUAAAGACCUGACCACUAGAUACGCCAACGAUGUGAUCGCGUCCUGCGCCUUCGGUCUGAAGGUCGACUCCCUCACUGAGGAGAACAACCAGUUCUACGCGAUGGGGAAAGCCGCUUCGAAUUUCAGUUUCAAACAGAUCCUACUCUUGUUGGGAUUUAUUUCAUUUCCUAAGUUGAUGAAGGUGAGAAUUAGAAGAAAAUUAGUCCACGAUGAUAAAUCCAGCAAAGACACCGACGCAGGAUUCGCCACGGUAGAAGAAUCUGCAGUUGGCAAGAAACAAAUCGAUAGAGUCUGGACUGAUGACGACAUCAUCGCUCAAGCAGUUCUUUUCUUCGUUGCUGGUUUUGAAACCGUUUCAUCGGCAAUGACGUUCCUCCUUCACGAAUUGGCUCUCAACCCUGAAGUACAAGACAAAUUGGUUGAAGAAAUCAAGGAAAACAAGGAGAGGAACAAUGGAAAAUUUGACUACAACUCCAUACAGAAUAUGGUGUAUUUGGAUAUGGUUGUUUCAGAACUCCUAAGGCUGUGGCCGCCAGGUGUCUCCAUGGAUAGAAUCUGCGUUCAAGACUACAACUUGGGGAAACCAAAUGACAAGGCCAAAAGAGACUUCACACUUCGCAAAGGUACGGGUGUAGCUAUUCCCGUAUGGGCUUUCCACCGAAACCCGGAAUUCUUCCCGGACCCCCUGAAAUUCGAUCCCGAAAGGUUCUCAGAGGAGAAUAAACACAACAUCAAGCCUUUCGCGUAUCUACCAUUUGGAGUGGGACCUAGGAAUUGUAUAGGUUCUAGGUUCGCUUUAUGCGAAGUAAAAGUGAUGGCAUACCAGCUACUCCAGCAUAUGGAGAUAUCUCCGUGCGAGAAGACGUGCAUCCCCUCGAAGCUCAGCAAGGAAACCUUCAACCUUCGUCUUGAAGGUGGUCAUUGGGUCAGACUAAAGAUCAGAGAUUGAUUGAAAAAUCACUGUAAUUAUGAUAGGUGACUAAUGAAGACAUCAACUAUAUUAUUGUUAUAUUUAUAUUACACAUCAACUAUAUUAUAGUCAACUACAAUAUCAUAGACAAUUAUCAUUGAUAAUUUUAAAGCUAUAAAAUGUUUUGUGUGAAACGUUUGAAUUAUACUGUUUUUUUUUAUGUAUGUACAGUCUGUAAAUAAAGUUUUAUUUAAAAAAAAUACUGUCAUGUCAUCAUCUUUGGAAUGGCGACAUUUGGUGGAGCGCACCAUCAACCGAAGUGAUGACCACGACCACUCUGCCAAGAGUGCACGCGACUGAGAAGAAGUCAUCACCUUUUAACAUCCAAAUCAUUCAGUUCUAUGUUUUGCUUAUGUUACUUUACAAAUAACCAAAGAAAAUGGAAACUUUAUAAUUUAUUUCUGUCAAUCUGUCUGUCUGCAUGUCACAGCACAAUUUACUUGAAUAUUCUUGGGACUUGGAAAUAUAAUUAGUAU